AUAAUUUCUAGCUGGACAUUGUGUCAUUGUAGCGCAAAGGAGCUGAUCCGGCGGUGACUCGUCAUGUCCAGAAAAACCGGUCAGAGGGAAUGUAAAUGACUGAGGAUCAGGAAUCCCAGGAGGAUGAGCUACUUGCUUUAGCAAGUAUCUAUGAUGAAGAGGAGUUCCGCCGUGCUGAGUCUGCACAAGGAGGAGAGAUCCAACUGUGUCUGGAGCUGCCUCCAGAUUUUAAAGUGGUUGUAAAAGGAGAUAAGACACAUGAACAUAAUGUUUGCUUCCUACCUCCACUGAUGCUCAAUUUUGAGCUUCCUUCAGACUAUCCCUCCACUUCUCCCCCGGUUUUCACUCUCAGCUCUAAAUGGAUUACCAAAGCUCAGCUGAGCGCGCUCUGUCGACACCUGGAUGAGUUAUGGGAGGAAAACCAGGGUUCUGAGAUUCUCUUCAUGUGGAUCCAGUUCCUCAAAGAGGAGACGCUGGAGUUUUUGAGCAUCAAGUCUCCCCUUGAAAUCAGCGUGAACAAUAAAGCWAAUGGUGAACGAAGGAAGACGGACCUCGCUACUAAAGGUGGGACACAAUGCAUCAGUGAAUCCGACAAACCCAAGAAGAAGAAGUCCGCGGCGACUAAAGAGAAACCUGGCCAGCACGGCUCAUCCUCGUCCAAGCUAGAUCCCCGUGCUGUGGUUCUGAUGGACCCACAUUCGGACCCCCUCCCUCAGCUCCUGGACUUUGACGAGGCGCAGCGGCAGCGGGUAUUCGACGGCAAAACGUUUUCCUGUGGCAUCUGUUUCGCGGAUAAGCUGGGCUCCAACUCGCUGUGCUUUAAAGAGUGCCAGCACGUUUACUGCAAGGCCUGCCUGAAAGCCUAUUUUGAGAUUCAAAUACAGGACGGCAACGUUCAGGGCCUCAACUGCCCCAUGCCCAAAUGCACAUCAGUCGCCAUGCCGUCGCAGGUAAAACAGCUGGUGGAUGAGGAGCUGUUUGCCCGAUACGACCGUUUGCUGCUUCAGUCCAGUUUGGACCUGAUGGCUGAUGUGGUGUACUGUCCGCGCAUGUCCUGCGGCACGGCUGUGAUGGUGGAACCAGACACAACCAUGGGCAUUUGCUCAGCUUGCCAGUACGCUUUUUGCACGCUGUGCAAGCUGGGCUAUCAUGGCGUCUCUCAUUGUAAAAUCACUGCAGAUGAUCUGCGUAACCUAAGAGAUGAGUAUCUGUCAGCCACAGCUGAGGGACAGAAGUUCAUGGAGCAACGCUUUGGGAAGAGGGUGGUCCAGAAAGCUGUAGAGGAGUCUUUUAGCAGGGACUGGCUCAAUGAGAACUGUAAAUGCUGCCCAAGAUGUGGAACAAAUAUACAG